CCAGUCGGUUAUCAAACCUCUAUCCGAACAGACGUGCGCACGCGACUUUCGAACGCAAUUGUUCAUACUUUCUUGCAAUUUAAGAUUAAAUUACCGCGAAGUGCGAGUCAAAAUGGCGAAACUGAUUUUCCUAAUCAUCUGUGUUUGGAUUCUUAAUGCGGCAAGUACAUUCCCUACGGUUGUGGACGAGUUGAGUGAAAAUAAACAAACAAAAUAUGACUUAAAAGAAUAUGGAAGUGUAAAUUCUGAAUAUAUCGAAACAGUGACUAAUGAAUUAAAAGGUGUGAAGAUUGAUCAGCAACAUAGGUUUCGAAGAAUUAAAAGGAGUUUAAUCAACGGUGGUGGAGCGUGUCCUGAGGGCAUGGUGUGGAAGCCCAGGCCUUUCUACUGCAUCACUUGUGAAGAAUUUGAGAGACUCUCGGGCGAGGGCUGCUACGACGACGAGUAAAACUUACAAACUACUAUUUGGGUCAACUGAUUUUGGAUACUCGAUGUAUACCAAAACGUAUAAUCUCUAGUCUAUGCCUUGGACCGCCUAUAUCAAAGAAUACAUCACUUCACAACGAUCAACGUACCAAAACUCACACAGCUAACAUCUGUGAAGAUGGCCAGAUCGUAUCCCAAUUUUCCCAAUCCAAAAGAGCGAAUGAGUCUCUUAACUCAAAAAAUAAGUUAUUUUCGACUGCAUCGUACGGCUGUGAGACCUGGACACUCACUGUCAAAGAAGAAACCAAGCUCCUGAUGGUUGAGAGGUAAAUCUGAAGGAAGAUUCUGGGGCUAGUGCACAUAGAAAAUGGCACUUGGAGGAGAAGGAGCAAGAACUCGUUGCUGAGCCAAAGAUGGUGAAAAGCUCACAGACUUCGCUGGCUCGGACACCUGGAAAGAAUGGCAGAGGAUCAUGCAGCGAAGCAAGCGUACUUGGAAGGCCAAGUGGCCAUCGACCAGUUGGUCGUCCCAGUUACCGCUGGGGAGAUGAAGUUGCGAAGAACCUGCGCGAUUUCCAGGUCGAUAAAUUAUCUGGUGAGAGGUGGCACAGAAUAUUAUAGAUUCUAAUAUCUAAUAAAAACUCACUUCGCUGUGCCAUCUUAGUACCAACCAGGUCGAGUUAACUGCGUACCUGACUGGAAUGCAACUCUCCCUCGCAAUUGUAGGUAGUUCUUAUUUAAGAUUUCCUUGUCACUCGUGAACCAAUUUUCGAAAUUAGGAGUAUACAGUAUGUGUGAACUUUAAGUAUUUUUAAAUAUUUAAAAGGAUUAUCGAAUGUUGCGUAUUUUAAUUAACCGUUUCGUAUUUUUAGUAAUCACUAAGUAGUAUUAAACUUAUCUUUCUAAGAGUAGGCGCACCCCGUUGAUCUUUCGUCGGCCGAUAGUUUAGUCGGGCAGUUGAUCAGU